GGGGGUGUGGUUACGCUGCUAGCGUCCAUGCGCUGGCUGGGCUUGGCAGCAGCGCUGAGAGGGGCUGAAGAUGGCAGCUGAGCCUGGUACUACUGCGGUGAGGGAGCAGCACAGGUUUGACCAGGGAGCCCUGGAGAAAUACCUCUCCCGCCAUUUGGCCGGGUUUCCUGUGCAGCCCCCCGAAGCGCUGACAGCCAGGCAGUACAGCUCAGGCCAGUCCAAUCCAACCUUUUACUUGAAGAAGGGUUUUAAGACAUAUGUGCUUAGGAAGAAGCCUCAUGGCCCUCUUCUGCCUAAAGCUCACCAGGUUGAUAGAGAAUAUCAUGUGCAGAAAGCAUUAUUUGCAGCUGGAUUUCCAGUCCCUGAGCCCCUACUGUAUUGCAGUGAUGUUUCUGUGAUUGGAACUGAAUUUUAUGUGAUGGAACAUAUACAGGGUCGCAUAUUCCGAGACCUCACACUACCUGAAGUCAGUCCAGCAGAGCGAGCUGCUUUGUAUGUUGCUAUGAUAGAAACCCUGGCCCGGUUGCACUCAUUCAGUUUGCAUUCAUUGGGUCUCCAAGGAUAUGGCAGAGGACCAGGAUACUGUAGGAGGCAGGUUACAACUUGGAAAAAACAGUAUGAUGCAUCUGCUCAUGUAGACAUUCCUGCUAUGAACCAGCUGGCUGAGUGGUUAAUGAACAACUUGCCAGCUGGUGAUAAUGAAGAAAAUCUGAUUCAUGGAGAUUUUAGAAUAGAUAACAUCAUUUUCCAUCCAAGAGAGGCUCGUGUUGUGGCAGUCCUGGACUGGGAACUUUCAACCACUGGGCAUCUUUUAGCAGAUGUAGCUUAUACUGCUGCAUUUUACUUCUGGCCUAACACAAUUAAACAGUUAGGCCAAGGGGGUACCUUGAGUUUUAGAGAUACUGUAGGAAUUCCAUCACUUGAAGAAUUGAUUUCAAUUUACUGCCGCUGCAGGGGUAUUAGCACAGAUUUACCCAACUUGCAUUUCUUUCUUGCUCUUUCAUAUUUUAAAAUAGCUGGAAUAUGCCAGGGUGUAUAUGCUAGAUAUCUUCUUGGAAAUUCUUCUGCAGAGAACAGUUAUGAGUUCGCUGAGAUGGUGAAACCGUUGGCAGAAACGGGAUUACUGCUCUCAAAAAGAACUUCUUUCACCAGUGAUGCACAACCCAGCGGUACAGGAGAGCUGUUCCAGCAGACUAAAAAAGGCCAGGAGGUUCUGCUGAAGGUGAAGCAGUUCAUGAAGCAGCACGUGUUUCCAGCUGAAAAGGAAGUGGUUGAGUACUAUGCCAGGGAUGAAAAUUCACUGGACAGAUGGACGAAACCUUCAGUGAUUGAGAAACUGAAGGAAAUGGCCAAAGCAGAGGGUCUGUGGAACCUUUUCCUGCCAGCCAUCAGUGGUCUGAGUCAGGUUGACUAUGCAUUAAUUGCAGAGGAGACAGGAAAAUGCUUCUUUGCCCCAGAAAUUUUCAAUUGUCAUGCACCAGAUACUGGAAACAUGGAGGUCCUGCAUUUGUAUGGGUCUGAAGAGCAAAAGAAACAGUGGCUUGAGCCUCUUCUUCAAGGGAAAAUUAGUUCUUGCUUCUGCAUGACAGAGCCUGAUGUUGCUUCGAGUGAUGCCACCAACAUGGAAUGCAGCAUUCAGCGAGAUGGAGAUAGCUAUGUAAUCAAUGGCAAGAAAUGGUGGAGCAGUGGGGCUGGGAAUACAAAUUGCAAAGUCGCAAUUGUGAUGGCCAAAAAUAAAAAUCUUUCUGCAUCCAGGUACAGACAGCACAGUAUGAUCAUAGUUCCACUGGACAUACCAGGCUUGAAACUUAUAAGACCUCUUUCCGUGUUUGGCUACCUGGAUCAGCCCCACGGUGGACAUUUUGAAAUACAUUUUAAUGAAGUGCGAGUACCUGCCUCCAAUUUAAUACUAGGUGAAGGAAGGGGUUUUGAGAUUGCUCAAGGUCGGCUUGGGCCAGGCCGUAUUCACCACUGCAUGAGAUCCAUAGGUGCAGCUGAAUCUGCUCUACAGAUCAUGUGUGAGCGUGCAGCUCAGAGGGUGACCUUUGGGAAGAAACUGUACCAGCAUGAGGUUGUUGCCCAUUGGAUUGCUGAAAGCCGCAUUGCUAUUGAGCAGGCCCGAUUGCUUACACUGAAAGCAGCCAGCAGCAUUGAUACCAAGGGCAGUGCACAAGCAAGGAAAGAGAUAGCUAUGAUCAAGGUGGUUGCACCCAGAGCUGUCCUUAAAGUGGUGGACUAUGCAAUCCAAGUUUGUGGUGGAGCUGGAGUUUCUCAGGAUUUUCCUUUGGCUCGUAUGUUUGCCUUUAUUCGGACCCUACGAAUAGCUGAUGGGCCUGAUGAAGUUCACCUCUCAGCAAUUGCAAAACUGGAACUACGGGACCAAGCCAAGCAACUGACCUCAAAAAUGUAAUAAAAUUUAGUCGAAUUGUACAAUAGCAUUACUUCUGUUUAAGGAAUCUCUCUGAAUGAUUUAGGGGGGGGGGGCACAACACUGAGGGUAUUUGAACUAAAAUUACCUAUAUUUAAUAUUUACCAAAAUGUUAAUUUUCUACAUUCUACACUGAUAAGUUUAAUAGUUCAAGGGUAACUUGAAUUUGUUUUGCUUAGAGGUACUUGAGUCCUAAGCUGCUAAAUAACAUUUUUCCAGUUAAUCUUCCAGCUACUGAUCUGAAAGGUUACUUUAUCAAGCCCUUAGCUGUUCUUAUGUUGUACUGAUGUUCUCUCAAUCAAGGCCUCUAUGAAGCUGUCUGUCGAACGUUAUGUUUGUGAAAUGGUUUCACUUAAGGCACUGCAUCCAGCUAAAGCUUGCAGUUCACUGUUUGAGAUUUAAAGUGUCACUAAUGCAUUGAAUAAGUCUGAAUAAAAGAUUUCUCCCACAACAGUCCAA